AUGUUUUGGGGAGCGAAACCGCGGGGGGUGCUCUGGGGCCGUGAAACAGAUCUGCAGCUGCUACGGCUGUCUGCUGCAGCACCGGCGACCCAAGUCGAUCGGGCCCUCGUUUGCAACCCCAGCUUCCCCGGCGGCCUGUCUCGCAGGCGACGAGUCAUUUGGCAUUUUCGUCGCCGAAAUUCCAGCGUCCAGCGGAUGUGCGAAGCGGCGCGUGUCUAUGGGCAGCGAGGCAGGCUGACACGCUGGAGAAUCGGGGGAGGCACAUUGGCGGUGCGAGAGAGGGCUUGGAGGGCUAAUAACAAAAGUCGCCACCCACGACGCCUCGAUGUGGGGUGA